AUGGUCAAGUGUCUUAAGUCUGGAAAAGUGGUCAUCUUGACGGCUGGUAAAUAUGCCGGCAAGAAGGCUGUCAUUGUGAAGGUGAACGAAGAGGGAGACGGAAAGUACAAGUUCCCUUAUGCUGUCGUGUGUGGAGUGGCGAGACCUCCUCGUAAGGUGUACACGAAGAUGUCGGAAAAGGCGGUGGCCAAGAGAACAUCUAUGAGAGUGUUUACCAAGGUCGUGAACCUCCAGCAUUUUAUGCCCACUAGAUACAACGUCGAGUUCGACUUCUCUGCGCUCCCCGCCAAGGAGGUUGCUCCUGAGGAGAAGAAGGCUGCUCUUAAGAAGAUCGCUCAGACCUUCCAGCAGUCGUACCUGAAGCAGAAUGAAAUCACAAAGGAGAGAACCAAGGCUGGUGUUGCUUAUCUCUUCAAGAAGCUCCACUUUUAGGCAGGUUAUCGUUAUGGGAUGCAUUGACCUUGCUUGAGUU